CCCAUCGCCCAGGCCCCGCCCCCUGCCCCGACGCAGCAGCGAGGCCGCGCCCUGUCAGGCCCCGCCCCCGCCGGUAGCCCGCCGCUCCUCGCGGUCCGUCUUCUGGAGGACCCAGUCCAGGACCCACUCCACCUCGAGCCAUGAGCCUGAGCAUUCAGUGUCAGCAGCUGAGUGACGCCCGGUGGACGGAGCUCCUGCCCCUGAUCCAGCAGUACGAGGUGGUCAGGCUGGACGACUGUGGCCUCACGGAGGUACGGUGCAAGGAUAUCAGCUCUGCCCUCCAGGCCAACCCGUCCCUGACUGAGCUGAGCCUUUGCACCAAUGAGCUGGGUGAUGCCGGUGUGCACCUGGUGCUCCAGGGCCUGCAGAGCCCCACCUGCAAGAUCCAGAAGCUCAGCCUCCAGAACUGCUGCCUGACGAAGACUGGCUGCGGGGUCCUGCCUGCCGUGCUGCGCUCCAUGCCCACCUUGCGGGAGCUGCACCUCAGUGACAACCCGCUGGAGGACGCAGGCUUGCAGCUGCUGUGCGAAGGGCUCCUGGACCCCCAGUGCCACCUGGAGAAGCUCCAGCUGGAGUAUUGCAACCUGACCGCCGCCAGCUGCGAGUCCCUGGCCUCGGCGCUCAGGAACAAGCAGCACUUCAAGGAGCUGGCGGUGAGCAACAACGAGAUCGGUGAGGCCGGCGUGCGGGUGCUGUGCCAGGGCCUGGUGGAGUCAGCCUGUCAGCUGGAGACACUCAAGCUGGAGAACUGUGGCCUGACGCCGGCCAGCUGCGAGGACCUGCGCGCUGUGGUGGCCUCCAAGACCUCACUGCGGGAGCUGGACCUGGGGGACAACAAGCUGGGUGACCAGGGCAUUGCGGUGCUGUGCCCCAGCCUGCUGCACCCCAGCUGCCAGAUCAGGGUCCUGUGGCUCUGGGAGUGUGACGUCACCGCUACGGGCUGCAGGGACUUGUGCCACGUGGUCAGCACCAAGGAGAGCCUGGAGGAGCUGAGCCUGGCGUGCAACGCGCUGGGGGACGAGGGCGCGCAGCUGCUGUGCGAGAGCCUGCUGGAGCCCGGCAGCCGGCUGCAGUCCCUGUGGGUGAAGUCCUGCAACUUCACGGCCGCAUGCUGCCACCACUUCGGCACGAUGCUGACCCAGAACAAGCGCCUGGUGGAGCUGCAGCUGAGCAACAACAAGCUGGGGGACUCCGGCGUCCGGGAGCUGUGCCAGGCGCUGGGCCAGUCGGGGACCGCGCUGCAGGUGCUCUGCCUGGGGGACUGCGACGUGGCCAACGAUGGCUGCGCCAGCCUGGCCUCGCUCCUGCUGGCCAACCGCAGCCUGCGGGAGCUGGACCUCAGCAACAACCGAAUGAACGACCAGGGUAUCCGGCGGCUCAUGGAGAGUGUGGAGCAGCCAGGCUGCGCGCUGGAGCAGCUGGUCCUCUACGACAUCUACUGGUCCCAGGACAUUGAGGACAGCCUGCGGGCCCUGGAGGAACGGAAGCCCAGCCUGAAGAUCAUCUCCUGAGCAGCCCCCCCACUCUGCCCCCCCCACGUCCUGGCUUGGAGUACACAGAAAUGCUCUAAUCAACUCAGUUCUGCAACAAAGUUUUAGACACUUUAUUAAAGCACUUUUUUUGGCAGAA